UAUUUGUCUAUGCCCUGUGGUUGGCAGUGUUAUCACCAACGCUUGGUAUCUGAGCGAAAAGUGGAACAUUUAAAAUUAUAACGGACUCUUCGUUCAAAAGCUUUUUUAAAACCAAAUGUUUUGCCUUUAUGUUAUUUAAAAAUGGACGUAAAAAAAGAAUGCGUUAGUGUUUCGGUUCGAAUUAGACCAAUUCUUGUUCGGGAUAGUGCGACCUCUUCUUGUUUGCAAAUUGUCAGCAAAGAACCUCCUGUGUUGGCUGUACCAGAUCGGGCACAAACUUUUUUUUUCGAUCAAAUUUUUUCGGAAGGUACCGACCAGGAACAAGUGUUCAGAAAAACUGUUAGGCCCCUAGUGGAUCAUGUUAAGUCAGGAUUUAACUGUACGGUGUUUGCCUAUGGUCAGACGGGCUCCGGUAAAACUUAUACAAUGGGAACUGACGCAACGUUAACAGCUAAGGAUGAUGUGGGAAUAAUACCGCGUUCCUUGGACCACCUCUUUGAAGACAGUAAGGCUAACAUAGAUGCUUAUUGCUCAUUUGUUGAAAUAUAUAAUGAAAAAGUCUUUGAUUUGCUGAAUGUUGCAAAUAAAAAUGCUUUGAAUAUAUCUGGAUUUGUUGUGCAGGGCCUUAGUGUAAAAAGUGUCAAAAACUCGGCGAUGGCUAAAGAGUUGUUGCAAGUGGGCAACAAGAACAGACACACAGGUGAAACAAAACAAAACAUGAAUAGCUCCAGAUCUCAUGCCAUAUUUACCAUUCAUUACAGGGAUGGAGAUGUAUCUGGCAAAUUGAAUCUGGUGGAUUUAGCAGGUUCAGAGUGUGUUAAAAAGACAGGCAGUCAAGGGAGUACAUUCCAGGAGGGUGUUAACAUAAACAAAGGGUUGCUCUCGAUAGGGCAAGUCAUUUCUGCUUUGUCAGCCAAGUCUAGCUUUAUACCUUACAGACUAUCAAUUAUCACCAGUAUAUUGCAAGGCUCUUUGAACACUGAAAAUUUUGUAUCUUUAAUAGCUUGUGUUAGUCCCAAUUCAGAUGACAUAGCUGAGACUCUGCAAACAUUGGACUUUGCCCAACGGGUGAAAAAAAUUAAAAUCAAUCCUGAGGUAAACCAGAUCAUAACCAAAUAUAAAAGAGGGUUGCUACAAACUUGCAGAACUCCAUUGAAAAGGCCUCCGCAAACACACUCAGCAAGGAAAAAUAUCACUCUGUUAUCCAUGCCCCUUAUUAAUGAAUGUCAGGAAAGGGCCCAAAGCAGCUCACUCUCUACUGAUAACAGCUCAACCGUUAGUAGCGAGCUGACUCAGCAAGUUUUGAGUCCAGUAAUAAGAAAAUAUAUGACUAAAAUUGAGGCCUCGCUUAUGGAUCAUCUAGAAACUGUGGUGAAGAAAACUUUCCAAAGGCAUAAUGUUCAAAUUCAAGAUGCCAAAAAUAAAUAUAGCACACCCAGCAUGUCAUGGGACAAAAUCCAGAAUGAAGUUACCAAAUUGGUAAAAACUGAAUUCGCCCAGAUGUCUAGUAAAAGAGUUCCCGCGUCAAGCAGUCCCCUUAAAAAUAAAAUAUGUAGAAUUUUGAGUUAUAGUCCUGAAAAUGCAGAACCAAAAAUUAAGGAACCAUUUAAAAUGCCAAAGGUGCCGAAACGACACAAGCAGAUCGACACCAGGGUUCUACCUAUUUCUUCCAUAGAGGUCGAUCAUGAAGUCACAUCUUGUAGACGUAGCCUACGAUUAUCCAUAAAGGCAAAAAGCAAUAGCAGUAACAACACUUUUAAUCAAUUGAACGUUUUGAAUGACUCAACUGGGGAAGAGUCGGUUAAAGAAUUAGAGAAAAGCGACGGUGUAAAUAAUAUCAGGCAGGUGCCUGAUAACACAGUAGGUAGGAGGCAGAGUUUAAGGAUCGCUAAUAGGGAUGUUAACUGCAGCGGAUGUAAUCCUGCAGUUGUUAAGAAGUCAAAUGUCUCAUUUAUGGUUGGCACAAAACUCGCGAAAAGAAUGGUAGAUCCGAAAAAGAAACAAAAAAGCAAGGAUAGUCCAUUUACAGUGCAUUCAAAACGGGUCCUUUCAAUUUUAAACUUGGGAAAUGUGCAGGAGUUGGAAAGACUCCAUUCUGUUGGGGCGAAAACGGCGGAACAAAUAUUACUUUAUAGGCAGUUGAGGGGUAAGUUUGGGAAUAUCGAAGAUCUCUGUCACAUGCCGAGGUGGGGAAAGCAGAAAUUUGAAAAGUUUCUCGAAUCCAACUUCCUGACUCGUUAAUAAACAAACUAAAAUUGAUAGUGAUUUAUCGACCAUUUGGUGGAAGUGCUGAACUGCAGCUGCGAAGUUGUCUGCUUUGCCACUUUAUAAGCCCUCCAAUUAAAUUUUAUUUAGUACCAGAUAAUAAGUAUAAAUAGAUGCACUUGAUGUUCCAAAGCCAGGUUUACAAUAAAUGUGAAUCAUGGC